ACAGAUAUUCUGUUUUCUUUAGGUUUUCUUUUCUGAACAUAGCUUUGUACGGAGGCAGUGUUGGAGAUGGAAUAAAAAUCGAAAAAAAAAAAAGAAAAUUAGAUUCACAUUUCAACUGAGGUUAUCCAUUGUCAUGUCUCAUUGGCUCAGAAACUUGAGAGAUACUGACACAUUUCACCUUUUGGUGAUUCUGUGAACAGUUUCGUUAUUUUUGUUUUUUCAAUAUACUUCAACAGUAAUCACAAGUUUGGCAAAAAAUAUAAGAAUUGACCUAAAUUGUUUUUUUAAAUUUGGCCUCCCCUUAAAAAGAAGUUAAUGAUCGCAUAAUCUAAUAAUAAAAAGUGUAGCCAUAGUUUUGGUUAGUUAUUUUAGAAGAAUUUUAUAUUUUGUCUUGGAAAAUUAAUUCCAACAGAAGAGUUCUCUUUACUCUGUCUAGUUCCAAGUAUUUUUAAGAGCUCACAGGCAUAUUGCUCUAUGAAGUCAACAUGUAGACCACAAAUAUCAUCCAGUCACACUGAGGUCAAUAGAGGGCUCUGUAGCCAUUUCUGUUGGCCUUGACCUGAAGCUGUCACAAUAUGUGCUGAACAGCAUGUGCAUUGCAUCCUACAAGGUUGAAGAAAUGACAUAAAUGAUGGGAAAGAAAAACCACACAAGCAUGUUUUACUGUGAUUCAUUUUAAAAAUGAAUCUAUUGGUCUGAAUUCCACUCACCCUUAAAUGUCAUGUAACCAGCUUUGCUGUGAAGUGAUAGUACAAUUUCACACACCAUGUGUUAAUGGCUGAGAUUUCUCAUCAGUUUGUGGUAAGGUCGGGAAAUAGGAUGCCCCUUUAAGUACCAAGAAAGGUGUAAUGCUCAAGUGCCAGAUGGUCAUCAGGGCCAGUUUACCCAUUGAUAAAUCUUUGGUCCUAGUUUCCCUGCUUGAAAUGUGGGUGCUGAGGGCAACACCCCAUUAAGUUGACCUUUUUCAAGGAGUGAUAUUUCUUUCUAUAAGAAAUCGAAAUUUCUUAAUGUAUGUCAUCUGCAACGUGUAGUUGUAUUGAUCAAAGGAUUUACUCAAUUAAAGUAACAGGAUUAUGUAUUUGACAAAUACAUGUAAGUUCAGAUGGUACAUAUACAUGUCUAAGCUCAAAUAUUUGUCGGAGAACUGAGUUGGAACCGUGGGGACAGAGAGAGAGUUCAUCUUAUGAGACCUGUUUUUUUUUUUUAUCCGAAAUUUUGUGUAGUAUUUUGUUAAGGUGAAUACUUGUUCAUCUGAUUAGACCCAUUUUUUUAAAACCGAAAAUUAUGUGUAGUAUUUUGUUAGGGUGAAUACGUGUAAUCAAACAGGAUUAUUUUCCUCACCAGCUUCCUGUUUGACUGAAAGAAGCUUUUCAUAAGGCAGGUUCUUAAAUGAGAUACUUUCGAUCUAAUGUUCUCAACCAACUUUCGUUUGCCCUCUUCAGCAUCUUUUUGAGAGUAGAUUCCACCUUUUAUUGAUGAUGAACUUUGUUUGUCUAAUAACAAGUUUUAUCCACAAUAUCUGAGAAGCUUUUGCUUCAAUGCAUAAAAGUUGAGGUUUCAUUCUCCUAGCCACAGGAAUUUGUGUCCAGUGGGGAACCCUAUACUUCAGAAAGGGACAGCCUUUGGUUCUGAAAGCCUCGGAAAUUUUUUUUUUUAGAAGAAGCAUAUAAUAUUGUUUAUUUGAUUGAGUUCCUGUAGAAAAUGAUACAGAUUUCGAACCAAACACUCAAGGUAAUUUUUGGCUGAGAUUUUUUGAAGUUAAUAAAAAUCCACAAUGUCAUUUUUGCAUUUUUGUUUGGUACAUCGUGGAGCAUUUUUUUUUUCAUGAAUCACAAUGUCUUAUAUUCAAGUGUGAUGAAAUAAAGUUUGCAUAGUUUUUUCUGUUUUAGUGUGUUUAUUUCACCCACUGAGCCUAUUCCCGUCAGAUCAACAGCAUUACUUGAAAAAAAAUGUUUACCCUGUUAAUACAAGAUAAUCUCAAACAGUGCAAGGACUUUGAUAUAAAUUGACCUGAAUAUUUAACCUUGUUGACACUUCCCCAAUUAUUUUUCCUGUAAUUUGAUAAAAUAAUUCCAAUAAUUGAAUCUUUGAAACAUGCCGGGGUAUCUAGAUGGCCGAUGCUUUUAUCUGUCAGUACUCCAAGCCCCCCCCCCUUGAAAAUUCAGAAUUUUUUGUUGAUGAAUUAAAAGGGAUUUUCAUUUAAAGUUAAACACAGCCCUCCUCCACUUCCAAGAAAUUUGGCUUCCAACUAGUAGAUCUUGUACAUGAAUCGGUUUGCAAUUUUGCUUGUUUUUGAGGUGUUUUGUCUUGUUUUCUUCACUUGUUCCUCCUCCCUUUGCUUCCACCGUAACGCCCACCCCUCAUUCGAACUCCCAGGGCGCACGCAGGACUGAUGCAAGUUUAAGUUCUCGUCUGCCUUGCACAACGUACAGACUGAUAACGUGUAGUUCGAGUAAACAUGGUCAUGUAAACAAAACUUAACAAUCCCGACUUUUGUUUGCCCCGAUUUCAUCAUUCCUUUGUUGAUGCUUUCUCGUGCUCAAAGUACAGACAUUUAGUUGCCUGGUCGCGUUAUUUGGGGUUACACGUGUGUGACUGAUCUGUAUGAUUUUCCAUGAUAAACAUCGCCUGAUUUCGUUGCCGGUUGCCGAGGGCUUGGUCAAAGCGUGUAAGCGUAAUAUAUACGCUAACGGACCGUCGCAUGUCGGAUGUUACCAUAUCAUCCUUCACAUUAUGAAUGUUUUCAUGUUGUGUUACCCGAAGUUGCCUAAAGGACAGGAAAGUGGAACCUGCGAUACAAGCUCUUUGUGUGUGAUUCACUGAGAGGCUCAAUAUGGCGAUCGAAUCUCUCCUCAUGAUCAGCCAGUUUCCUAUGCUCUUGUCUGUCUUCGUGCUGCUAGAGCUCUGGUAUUUCAUCUACACCAAUCUCUGUCCCUUCUUGGAUCGCAUACCGUAUUUUCAGAGGCUGAACCCGUGCAACGCCUGUCUGCGAAUCGGGUUCCAUCUCUUGCCGCUUGCACGGUUUCUUGCUUUGCCGUCUGACGGAGACCCCGCUGCUUUGGGCGAGCGAGACCCUUUCGCUGGGGAGAUUGAAGUCGAGGAUUUCAGUGUCGGGUGGUUGUUCAAAGGCGACACGGAUGAAACUGAAAGCAGUGAUGAAAAUAAAAAUAUUGCCGUGGUGUCCAGUGAAGUGGAUGGAUGGCGUAAACAUUCAAUAAAUAUUUACAAGGCCUUGCCACUUCGCUUUGUAUCUCGUCUUUGGGGUCAAGUCAACAGCGUAGAUGUACCUUAUGGUCUUCGUAAGCCAAUCUACAGCCUGUACACACGGCUCUUUAAUUGCGACCUAUCGGAGGCAUUGGUAGAGGAUCUGACGACCUAUCAAAACCUGAGUGCCUUCUUCCGGCGAGAGUUGAAGCCUACAGCCAGGCCACUUGACAAGUCCAAGUCUCUGGUGAGUCCGUGUGAUGGAAAAGUACUGCACUUUGGCAAGGUUGAACGGGGCUGGAUGGAGCAAGUCAAAGGCGUCACGUACACACUGCAAGGGUUCCUAGGACCAAAGACGGCCAAUCAACAGGAAGGAGAAGUCAAGCAGGUCUCUAAUGACCACUUCCAAAGCCGUUUGACCACCAAAGCCGGCAACAGGUUGUACCAGUGUAUCCUGUACCUAGCUCCCGGUGACUAUCAUCGCUUCCAUUCACCUGCCGAUUGGACAAUCAAACACAGGAGACAUUUCCCUGGUCUUCUCUUCUCGGUCAAUCCUGGCAUUGCUCGCUGGAUCCGUGGUCUGUUUUCUCUGAACGAGCGAGUAGUACUAUGUGGUGAAUGGGAGCAUGGCUUUUUCUCCAUGACCGCCGUGGGCGCCACUAAUGUAGGAUCCAUCAAUAUUUACUUCGAUGAGGAACUUCGCACCAACAAAAAAGGCAAGUUCAAGCAAGGCGAGUACCGGGACCACGACUAUACCGCUAUCACCAGAGACUCUGCAGGUAUCAGGGUUGCUAAGGGUGACAGCAUCGGGGAGUUCAACCUCGGUUCAACUAUUGUUCUCAUCUUCGAGGCACCAAAGGAUUUUGACUUCUCCUUCAGGCCUGGGGACAAAGUUCGUCUCAAUGCAGGCAUUGGGACAUUAUGACGCUAAUCAGUUCGGUAUUAGGGUUUGACCUCGUCCACGGUUGUUUAUUUAUGAACCUGACUCUGUCAAAAUUCAUCAAGUCUAGGUCUUGUAUGUUUUGACGGAUAUGGGACUUGGACAUCUGUACCGUUAUGUACUUUACCACAGGGCUUGAUGCCUGUUCUUAUCUGUAAAGUGCCUGUGGGUUAUUGUGUUGAACGAGGACUGUUCAGGAUGGUCACAAGCAAGGAUUGUGGAUAUUUGCAGAAGGUACCAAAAGAAGCGGGGGUUCUAGAUGGUUCCAUGCAAAGAUGGAGGGGACGGUUUUCAGGAGAGUUCUUAGCCAAGUGUCAAGGAAAUAAAGGGGAAUUGAGAGGAUUUCUCGUAUGUUCUUUGUUUGAAUUACAGAAUUCCAACUCAUUGAAAAGAAGACAGUUCUGUAGAUUGGAAUUAAAAGAAUGUACUCAAAAUUAUUUUGACGUAAUGCUGGCUCAUGUUUCUUUAAAGAAAGAAUCAUGACUGAAAUAAAAUUCACCUAGUUAUUUGGCUGUUUGUUUAUGCCUUGGAGUGUAAAUAUGCUGCAAUAAAGUUGUGCUAAGUGCUAAUAUUUUGGAAAGGAUAUUUUGACUUGUUACUGAGGUAAAAAGUGUGACAGAGAUGAUGUUUUGAAUCUACUGGACGGCUCUCAAUUUGUCCUGAAUUGGCCAUGCGCACAGUGAUUAUAUUCUCUCAUGGUUUUAACAUGUUCCGAGUAGAGACAACAAUUGUAUCAAUUCAUCCACAUCUGACAUGUAGAUAUCAGUUCUAGUAGUCCAGUGGGCUCAGGACAUUGAUGAAGUGAAAAAACUUUUAAAAUCUCAGUUUCGAGCUUUGACUUUCUUAGCACAUUCAUGUUUUACGGAAAAUGCAACCCUGGAGUUUGGUUAACAACUCAACCAUGCUUUUGGUUUUCUGUCACCAGUACAUAUUAAACUACAUUUGUCACAAAAGAUCACCUUCAGAAUAAUUUUAGCCCCGUCGGUACAUGAACAUCUGGUUUGCCCUGCUCAAAUUACCGAAACUGUUACCUGUGUGUAGUUCUUACCAAAUGCUUUCAGUAGUACUUAUUCUUUUUUGCCCAUCAGUUGUCAUAACAAAGAAUAUUCACGAGUAAAGUCUGUACUUGAUAGCUGACAGGAAAAAAAGAUUGUAUAGUGCUAAAGGUUUUAGUAUUGAAUAAUCUGUAUUGGCUGAAAAGUAGAACAACAAAACGUAUCAUGUAUCCACAACAUAUUUGACUGUUUGGAAAACAUUAAUGAAAAGUCAUCAAAUUAUGGCACAGUGGUUUCCAAAAUGAAUGUGAAGAGAGAGUUUUUUUUUAUAAAUUUCCACGUAUUUACCCUUAGGGCCUAAAAACUCAUUUGGAAACCAUCGGGGGUGGAAGUCUUCGAUGAUACAUUUUCUAGUUCAUUGUUGAUACAAAAUUCAGUAUCUGUGGUAUAGGAGAGUAAUGUUAUUCUUCACUCCCAAGUGGACUGCUUAGACAUGCACAGGGUCACUGAGAUGAAAUAAAAAUACAAGCAAUCCAAAAUUAAUCAUAAACUUUCUAUACUCGGGGUAUUUUAAGAUGAGUAAAGAACUAUGCCGAGUUUGGUGAUUGGCCAGUUUCUAUAAGAUAUUUUCCUUCCUGUGAAUAUUAGCCGGUUGGAGCAGCCAAAAAUAAAAUUCGACAAUCAGGGUAGUGGUUGUUAAAAUAAGAA